GGCGCCACAGACCUCGACGCUUACCCCCUCUUACGCCACUGAAGCUGCCUGGGUUGUAUGGUGUAGCGUUCGUCUCGAUAAUGGGGACACUACAUCAAGGAAUUGUGCUCGGCGACAUAAUCGAUGAUAAACGCCUUCACAUCCUAGAGCGUGCCGGAGAUCGUGCUGCGGCCACGUUCAACAACCCGGAAGGAAUCCAGAUAUUCAGGUCGCUCUCAGUGGAACCUGAAAUAGCGCAGAUUAUGAAGCGAGUACGUGACGGCGAUUACAGUUCAUUAGGCCUCUUUGGGAAAUUUGCCUGGUGGGACUACCGCAUGUGGUCAAACCAGGACACCUUCAAUAAAUGGGCCCUCUUACUCCUUCUCAGGCUCGACGAGAAACAGUCUAUCAGCGCACUCCCGCGCGAAGACCUCGAAAUCUGUGCUACUCAUCUUGCAAAUUAUAGUUCCAGACGAGCGGAACGGCUGUCUAUGGCGCUUGAAUGGGGCAUGGGCCUCUCCAUCCCGCUCGCGAUGCUUGCACGCUGGUCAGGACGCCGGGCCUUGUAUCUGCCUAUGAACGGCUGGCAGCGCUUGCUUCUUGGAGCAUGGAUGUAUGUGGAGCUUCCUGCUGGGUUUCGGGAAUUUGGAUAUCUUCGAAGGAUACGGGAGAAGGAUGUCGCUGCGCGUCUGAUGAUCGACGUAUUCGGCGACUUUGACGAGGAGUUCAAGGAGAUGGGUAUUGAAUACGAGUCCUCGCCACCCGAUCCCGUAUGAUUGGCAUGCUCUGCUGAAUACUUACCUCGGAUUCUGGACUGCUGUUCAUCUGUCUAUACCUUGUCACAUGACGCGAGGGCAUGUCGCGAGAUCGGGGGCGAGGUUGCCGCCGACGUCUGUACCGUAUCUGU